ACAACAAGCAGGACUGUCAUCAUUCACAUUUCAUAAACACGAGGAAAGCAGCGAUGGACACCGAAGCGGAUCUCUUUUAUCGCCAGCUACCCAAAGUGGAGCUGCACGCGCAUCUCAAUGGUUCGGUGAGUUUUGAAACCAUGGAGAAGCUGAUAAAGCGAAAACCGCAUCUAAACAUCGAGCACAGCAUGACGGCCAUCCGCCGCGGACAGCGCCGCACACUGGACGAGUGUUUUCAAGUGUUUAAAGUGAUUCAUCAGCUGGUUGAUUCAGAAGAGGACAUUCUAAUGGUUGCAAAAUCAGUCAUUCAAGAGUUUGCGGCAGAUGGAGUAAAAUACUUGGAGUUGCGUAGCACACCACGAGAAGUGACUGAAACAGGUCUCAGUAAACAAAGAUACAUUGAAACUGUGCUGGAAGCGAUACGGCAAUGUAAACAGGAGGGUGUUGACAUUGAUGUCAGGUUUCUGGUGGCUGUAGACCGCAGACAUGGGCCUGAGGUUGCCAUGCAAACAGUAAAGCUGGCAGAAGACUUUCUGCUGUCCAGUGAUGGGACAGUAGUUGGACUUGACCUAAGUGGAGACCCAACCGUUGGUCAUGGAAAAGAUUUGCUCGCUGCACUUCAGAAAGCCAAGAAUUUUGGUCUAAAGCUGGCACUACAUCUUUCAGAGGUUCCUUCUCAGAUAGAUGAGACAGAGUUGUUGUUGAACCUGCCUCCUGACAGAAUCGGCCAUGGAACCUUCCUGCAUCCUGAUGUCGGCGGGUCAGACAGUCUUGUUGACAAAGUCUGCAAACAAAAUAUUCCCAUUGAGAUUUGUUUGACCUCUAAUGUAAAAGGUCAAACCGUGCCUUCAUAUGACAAGCAUCACUUCAAGUACUGGUAUAAUCGAAGACAUCCGUGUGUUCUCUGCACGGAUGAUAAGGGCGUCUUUUGCACGGAUCUUUCUCAGGAGUAUCAACUGGCCGCCUCCACCUUUGGUUUGACAAAAGAAGCUGUGUGGAGUCUUUCCCAGCAGGCCAUUGGUUACACGUUCGCCCCUGAGCCAAUCAAACAGCGACUGGAGAAGACAUGGGCGGAGCUCAAACAGCAGAUUCUCCAAUGAGGAAAGAGCUGUAAAACUUCAACAGUCCUACCUCAGAAAGUCUGGUUUGUCAAACAUUAAAACACAUUGCUGCUGCAAAUGCUAAUUCUAAAAAAAUAUCACCACACUUUGUUAAUAUCUGAAAUAAUACACACCCUACAUGUGCUGUGUAAAACAGAGAUUUAAGGUUUUAAAUGGAGUUGAUAUAAAUAUUUUAAUAUUUAUCAGAGAUUGUUGAUGGUUUCUUGAAUUUCAAUAUUGUUUAUUAAUAUUGAAUAUUAAUUGUAGGAUGUUUAAUGAAUUUAGCAGCUUUUGUGUUUAUAAAGAGUUGUUCCUCUUUAAUAAAUAAUCAAUAUUUAUCAAAUAAAAAAAAUCAUAUUUGCUUAUUUUAAUUAUUAUUAUUUUUA